CGACGGCAACCCCGACUGCAUAUCCAACGCCAAGUCCGACGCCAAGCCCGACGACAUUCCCAACGCCGAUCCCGACAUCUGCACCCACCUACCCCCCGCUGGGGGAUCUUGCAUGAUCGGGUAUUUGCAGCUGCUCCAGCCCCCCCUGUGGCUGCAACUGCUGGGACUGCACACAAGAGCGUCAAGCUGCUGGAUGCUGCAGCUGCGGGACUGCUUCGAGUUGCGGUUAUGCAGACACGGUUUCUUCCGUGUGCGACGGUUGCAAUGGUUGUUGGCGCAAUGGCAAGUGUGGUUGUAGCACAGAUUCGGUUACUUGGCCCUAUUACGAGGUGUUCGGUCUCACUUGCUCGAGUGAUAGAGGCAGCUACCUGCCCUACCACUACACGUCACCGACGCCAAAUCCAACGCCAAGCCCGACGCCAAGCCCGACACCAUUGCCACCUGGCGUCACGCAGUCUGCGGCCCAGAGCUCGACGCCAAGCCCGACGCCAAGCCCGACACUUUCGGAAGCGCAGAAAACAUGCGGAUGCCCGAGCCCACCUUGUGGUUGCAAUUGUUGGGAUUGCACAGAAGCGCGCAAAGCUGCUGGAUGCUGCAGCUGUGAGGAUGGUUGUGGCUAUUUCGAUCUCGCGGGUUCUAAGUGCACCGAUUGCAAUGGUUGCUGGCACGGCGGCCUAUGUGGUUGCAGCACAGAGAAGUCAACCUGGCUCUACUACAGGGCAUUUGGUCUCACGUGCUCGAAUGAAACGGGCAGGGUCGGCGGACUUGUCCAGUUACGCACGGGUCGCUGGCGAGUACACCACGGAGGAAACUCUUCCAGACGGUGUGACUGCAGAGGACCUCAUGAGUUCCACUACAUAUGUGGCCGCUAAAAAGACGGGUCUGGCUAACGCUCUGAACGCGUCUCUUUCCGACAUUGAAAUCACGGGUUUCGCCAUCACGAGUCAUCCCGAUCGGAUCCCGUUUGCCGCCCGUCAGCUCUCGCAGGACUCACACGUCACCGUGACGACGAAGUUCACGGUGCAGAUCGCUGGCAGCAACAGCGCCGCAUCCCUCACUGCCGCGAUUGCUGGAAUGUCUGCCGCCGUUGAGGCCGAGACGAACAUGGCAAUGGCUGCUGCUGACUGGAGUGGUGAGCCUGUUGUCACCGUGGCCCCUACGCUGACGGCUCCCUCCGUCGGCGCCGCGGGCUCGACUGCGGGAGUCACCAGUGCUCCCACGCCGGUCCCCGUGAUCAUUGGGGCCAGUAUGGGCGCCGUCGCGGGCACCGGCGACCCCCAUCUGCAGAACAUCCUCGGCGAGCGCUUCGACCUCAUGCAGGCGGGCAGGCACGUCUUGGUCCAGAUCCCGAGGGGCGCGCGCUCCGAGGGCACCCUGCUGCGCGUCGAGGCGGAGGCGCAGAGGCUCGGGGAGCUGUGCGCGGACAUGUACUUCCAGGAGCUGAACCUCACGGGAAAGUGGGCGGAGGCAAAGCAGAUUGGUGGCCUCCGGUACCGCGCAGCAGGGGCCAUCACAGAGGAUCCCAGGUGGAUGCAGUUUGGGAGGGUGGACCUCAAAGUCGUUCACGGACGUACGAUGGAGGGGUUCCGUUACCUCAACGUCUACGCGAAGCACCUGCGCCGUGCCGGGCUUCCUGUCGGAGGCCUGCUGGGCGAGGACGACCACAGCAAGGAAGCGACCUCCCCCCAGAACUGCAAGCAUCGCCACAUGAGCCUGCUGGAACCGCACCACGGCCCGAAUAGGCCGGCCGCUUCCGGCAUGGAGCCCAGCUGGGCCAGCCUGGCCUGAGAGCUGCGCGCCCCUCCCCUUUUGUCAAGCAGUGGCGAAGCGUCCCGGCUCGCCUAUAGCCCCACCAAAGAAUGUUCUAAGAACCUUUUGUGGUU